AUGGUUUAUAUGUGGCCCAAACAGAACUUUAUUGAAUUAAAAAAUGAUACAAAUUUGGAAGUUAUUUUCAAAGAAAAGCGAGAACAAAAAGAAUACUUCGAAUUUUGGAAUUUAGUGCCAGGAAAAUACAAAACCAUACAAAAAUAUGCCCACUUUUUGCUAACAAUGUUCACAUCAACAUUUUUAUGUGAAACUUCAUAUUCAAAAAUUAAAUAUGCAAAGAAUGUGUACAGAAAUCGGCUUACUGAUUCACAUCUUGACGACUUGUUAAGAGGAGUAGCAUGCAGCAAUUACAAACCAGAUUUAUCCAAAAUAGUUAAAGAACUAUCUCAACAUCAAAAUUCACACUAA